AUGCCUUCACAAGCCGAUGACAAGCGCCAGGCUGCCCGCGAAGUCAUCGACAUUCUUCACGAAAUAUCAACGCUCCUUAACACAAAUCUCGAUCGAACUGAGCUAUCCCUUUGCGUAUCUCUCAUCGAGAAUGGCGUCAAUCCCGACGCACUCGCUGGCGUCAUUGAUGAUCUCAGAAAGGAGGCUUCAAUUACUCAACGUGGCCUGGCUGGCGAGCACGCCAUGCAAGAAUAA